UAUCCCUUCUCCCACUAUAAAUAUCUCCCCCAAACCUUAUCUUCAUUUCCGGGCUCACUCUAUCUCGUUCUCGAAGCUUCUCCAAUGGCGACGACGAGCUCCUCCUCUCUCCUCCACCUCAAAGCCCUAAUCCCCUCCCCUUCUACAAACCCUAACCCUAAGAUGCUCCCGCGCGCCGCUCUCGCCUCCCCUUUCGUCCCCAAUCCCUCGGCCGCUCUCUCCUCCCGCCGCCGCUCAUCCGCGCGGCGGAGCGAUCGCCCCACUGCGGCGGUUGUGCGGGCCAUGGCGGCGCUCGACGGGGAGUACUCCUCGAGGAGGAGCAGCAGUAGCGAGCCGAGGGAGACGAUCCUCCUCCCGGGGUGCGACUACAACCACUGGCUCAUAGUGAUGGAGUUCCCCAAGGAUCCCGCGCCCACGAGGGAGCAGAUGAUCGAGACCUAUCUUAACACCCUCGCCACCGUCCUCGGAAGCAUGGAAGAAGCCAAGAAGAACAUGUAUGCUUUUAGUACCACCACCUACACUGGUUUUCAAUGCACUGUAUCGGAAGAAACGUCUGAAAAGUUCAAAGGCUUGCCGGGUGUCCUUUGGGUGCUUCCUGAUUCCUACAUAGAUGUGAAGAACAAAGAUUACGGAGGUGAUAAAUAUAUAAACGGCGAGAUAAUUCCAUGCAAGUACCCAACAUAUCAACCGAAGCAAAGGGGUGGAUCCAAGUACGAAAGCAAAAGAUACGAGAGACGAAGAGAUGGCCCGCCGGCAGCACGAAGGAGACCGAAGGAAGAAGCGCCUCAGCCAGAGUCGGCUUCUUCAUGACUCAACAUGGGCUUGUCCACAAGUUUGCUUUCCUGCACUAUUUGUCUAGGCUUCAUGGGAACCUGAAUUUUUCUUCUAAUGAAAUAUUGGCAGGCUCUUUCAUGCUAAUGUUAUCUUACAUCGGCUAAGAAGUAAGCACUUUACUGCAUGAAGCAUCAUUAAAUGGCGAUGGUAACGGUGUUGAUGUUUUGGAUGGUAACGGUGUUGAUGUUUUGUAUGGACUCAGGUGGUUCUCGUGGUGUAGUUUAUUGUGGAUGAAGUUUGUAUUUUGCGUAUCUAAUGAGCAGUUAUUGGAUCAAA